AUGACGCUGCCAGCCCAUCCCCAGUACCGCCGCAUCAAAGCAAUAAUCGACACAGGUGCUGAACGAAACCUGCUCAACUUACUUGCGGCGUUGUGUUUAAUGCAAUUCUAUGCACCAGCCGCGCCAAAUGACAUCUCCACCGACCACCCAAGAUUCUGGGGCAGCUACGCUCUUGGUUUGGCCCAGCAGAUGGGCCUUAAUAUAAAGUCAACCAAACGCAGCAGCCAUGAAGGGCUUAGACGAAGGGUUUGGUGGACUUUAUAUGCAAGGGAUAGUAUCAUGUCAUCUGCACAUGGACGCCCUCGGAUCGUCAACCCCGCAGACUGCGGCAUCGAGCCGCCGUCGAUUUACGACUUUCCAGAUCCUAGUGAUAUUCGCGCGCAGAUCUUUGUUUCCUAUGUCUCUAUCACAGGCAUCAUGUGUGAUCUAUGCCAGUUGCUUACUCGCCAGAACGAUCCUCCAUCUGUGGAAAAGAACGAAGUGGGCCUCCGGCUUUUGGACUAUGUGCGAUCGUUACCCCCCGCCCUCCUACUUGUUCAACCAAAUGGAAUCCCAAGACCCUACUCGUUCGACUUGGCUCAGUUACAUGUACACUUACUGACGACGAUUAUUAUCCUUUAUCGGCCACAAUCAAUCUUUUGUAUCCCAUCAGCUAGCUCGCCAGCUAUUGUGGCAUCGAACCUCAGCUUUCGUAUUUUUGAAGCAAUGGAACUUCGAGGGCACACCUGCUCUCUUAGCUCUGGCUUCGCGUGGCAUUUGCUCGUCACGGCUAUCCCGCAGCUUUCUUGCCUCGUGAUUCCAUCGUUGCGAGAAGAAUGCAAGAGCAACCUCGACACGCUCGAGGGUUGUUUCCGAACACUUGCGUCGACCAGGCCGUCUGCAGCGAACAACUUGCGCAACAUCCAAGAGAUCCACAGAGCGCUGGAAUCCAAAGAGCCACUUCCUAAAGCUAGGCUCAGUGCUAACGCGUCGAUGGAUGCCUUCUCGUUUUCCCCUCUUGAACUCUUCGGUCCCUAUGGAGUGGAUGUCCCGAGAAAUUACGACCGUAUUACCGCAGCGCUUGAAUGCUCGGUAGAUAGGGCGCUUCUGGGCCCCCAGAACAUCGAAAAUGUGCAUCAUGGGAACGGAAAUACGUCACAGAUGUUUUAUGCUCAAACACAAUCGUUCGCGCUCACGCGAAACAACAUAGGUGACCAACCCAUGCUAGAGGGCACUCCAGAUUUUGAAUUGCUUGGUAUGAAUAAAGCUAGAAUGUUAAGAGACGAAGUCAAGGAAUAUAACUCGAGGGUUUGGGGUUUGAAAUCGUACACCCUAGGCACCAGGCUGAAAAUAGGCUUGAGUUGGGAUCGUCCAGGAGGCUUGACUACGCUUGGCCUCAUCAAUGCCUUUGUUCGGCGAGCUUUGCCAGAUGCACCCAAUGGAUAUGCACCAGAGGGAGGUGAUUGCCCAUCCCCCGAACCUUCUGUGCGCAGUGCGAAUACAUUGUCGCCAAACGAAACAUCAUGGCUCUUGAAACGGCGCCCAAAGGCCAAUGAAGCUUUAGUUGGGUUGCUCAGCAGGAUCAAUAUAUCCGACUUUAACGCCCCCGAUUAUCUUCGCAACCAGACAGCAAACAUUUCAGCGUGGCCCAAUAUAGCAAUUGCUGCUUCAGGAGGGGGUUACAGGGCUAUGCUAAACGGCGCUGGAGCAAUCGCUGCUUUUGACUCACGAACAGGAGGAGCCUCAGCUGAUACUGGCUAUCUCGGGGGCCUUUUGCAAUCCGCUACAUACCUCUCUGGGCUCAGUGGUGGCUCUUGGCUAGUAGGAUCUCUGUAUAUGAACAACUUCACGACGAUACCAGCGUUAUUGAGUGGUGACAUGGGAUCUGUGUGGAAUUUGGAAAAUACUAUCUUUGAAGGACCACCCACAGUGUCUAAUUAUUACAAAACACUAGUGGAUGCUGUGAGUGACAAGGAAAACGCAGGUUUCAAUACCUCAAUUACCGACUAUUGGGGUCGAGCAUUGUCAUAUCAGCUCAUUAAUGCUGUGGAUGGGGGCAUUAGCUAUACGUGGUCGUCUCUAGCUGUGAUGCCAGAUUUUAUGGAUGGGGCAAUUCCGAUGCCGAUUGUUAUAGCGGAUGAGCGAGCACCAGGAGAGCUACUGAUAAGAAAGCUACAACAGAACGCAACCUGUGUCCGAGGAUUCGACAACUCCGGGUUCGUCAUGGGGACUUCUUCAUCGCUCUUCAAUCAGGCUUUCCUAAUACUUAACGGGACGAACGACACUUCUAUACUGGCAAAUGCAAUCACCAAAGUGCUCGCUGAAAUCAACGAAGAUAACAACGACGUGUCACUCUAUUCGCCGAAUCCGUUUUACCGCUAUAACAUCGACACCAAUCCUAAUGCGGAAUCGCAGACUCUAUUCUUAGUUGAUGGAGGCGAAGAUCUCCAGAAUAUACCCUUACACCCACUCAUCCAGCCGGCUAGAAAAGUCGAUGUGAUAUUUGCUAUUGAUAGUUCCGCGGACACCAAAACAAACUGGCCAAACGGUACAAGCUUAGUUGCGACUUACCGGCGCAGCGUUAACUCUAUGUUCGCAAAUGGUACGACCUUUCCCUCUAUACCAGACCAGAACACAUUCGUCAACUUGGGAUUAAAUUCGAGGCCUACCUUUUUCGGUUGCAACUUGGCAAAUAUGACUGGGGAUGCACCACUCAUUGUUUACCUCCCGAACUUUCCCUAUUCUUAUGCCUCUAAUGUCUCGACGUUUGACCUCCAAUACAACAACACAGAGCGCAAUGCGAUUGUUCAGAACGGUUUUGACGUCGCAACGAUGGCAAAUGGCACGAUUGAUUCAGAAUGGCCAGUAUGUGUAGGAUGCGCUAUCCUCUCUAGAAGCCUCGAAAGAACUGGUGUGGCAGUCCCAGUUGCUUGCCAGGACUGCUUCGUGAGGUAUUGUUGGAAUGGAACUAUCAACGACACAUCACCUCCGCUCUACGAACCGCAGAUGAUCCAAGCACAGGAGGGCGCAAAAAGCGAAGGGACAAGGCUAGCGUCCGAAAAGGCGACCCUUUUGAUUUUGUCAUUCUUUUGUUGGAUUUUCUUCUCCGAAGUUUUUGCGGUGGGUUUUGACGAUCCCAUGAAUAGGGUAUAA